CCCACGCACAUUGUAGUUUUCAAAAUGGCUGGAGAAGUUGUUGUAGAUGCUUUGCCGUAUUUUGAUCAUGGCUAUGACGAGCCCGGUGUACGAGAAGCAGCGAUUGCUUUGGUAGAAGAAGAGACACGGCGAUACAGACCAACUAAAAACUAUCUUGACUAUCUACCGCCACCAAAUUACAUCGCAUUUGAAACAGAAAUGAUGAAAAAUGAAUUCGAACGUUUGCAGGCUCGUCUUCCAAUGGAAAUGAUGAACAUGAAACGGUAUGAACUACCGACCCCAGCAGCAGGUAAAAUGACUGACAUAUCUGCAUGGACAGAAUGUCUGGAGAACUCCCAGGCCCAGCUGGAGCACCAAGCUUUGAGAAUCCUCAACCUUGAUCUCAUGCAGGAGUACGGCUCCAGCGCCUGGAAGAUGUACAAUGGUGUAUUGUCACAAAUGUUGGAUCAAGCUCAGAAGCAACUCCAGGACCUGCGUAAGAAGAUCCAGGAGAUCAACUGGCAGCGCAAGAACGAGCAGAGUGUGGCCGGCAGCAAACUGGAGCAGCUAGAGUCAAGCUGGGUGGGCCUGGUCAGUAAGAACUACGAGAUUGAGCGAGCAUGUGCCGAGGUCGAGAAGGAGAUCCAGGAGAUACAGCAGAGGCAAGGAAAGAGAUGAUGACCUCGACUUGUGCAGGACAUUUAUUGAGGUGGCAUAAACAAACUUUGUUGAACAAGAAUGACAAAACCUUAGGUGGAAACAGCAUCAGGUCACUGUGCCGAAAUACCUACGAUGAUGUGAAGAAUAUAUAUGGAGGAGAUGAGAAUUUGUGAUUAUUUGAAGGAUGUUGUAUCUCAAAGGGAUUGUUCAUGGGUUCUUCACUGUCCAGUUAACGAUUCCAGGUUGAUGUAUUCAUUUUGCUCAUAAUUUUAUUCAUCCAUCAUUUGUGCUUUUCGUACAUGUCAUUUCGUCCUCAGUCCAGUUGUACAAAGCAGUGUUCGUGCUACAGUGAUCGUAACUUUAGCAUAGACAAUAGCUGUAAUGUUAAGAUCUCUUUGUGCAGGUGGACCCUGGAGCAUGAUUACAUUACAUCUGAGAGUUCUUUCAUAAUAUCUCCUGGUAUACAUCUUGUCAUGAAAAACAAAAAUCCAAUAAAAUUCCAAAUCUGGUGGCCAAAGUUUAGCUGUACAUGGGUAGUGAGUGAGUGUGUGUAGUUUUACGUCACUUUUAGCAAUAUUCCAGCAAAAUCGUGGUGGGGGACACCAGAAAUGGGCUUCACACAUUGUACCCAUGUGGGGAAUCGAACCCGGGUCUUCAGCGUGACGAAUGAACGCUGUAACCAUCAGGCUACCCCACCACCCCGUGUAUGGGUAGUACUCACAGGUCAACAUAAACUGGAUAUCUGCUUGAAAUACCUGCUCAUCAUUUCUCUGUAUUGCAUUUACUUACAAGUUUCAGUUUAACAAGGCAUGUCAUGAAUAACAACUUCUUUAUUAUACAUGGGCAGUGGGGUAGGUUAGUGGUUAAAGUGUUAAAUUGUCGCAUGAAAAAACUCUGCUCGAUUCUCCACAAUGUGCGCACAAUGUGUGAAGGCCCUUUUGGUUGUCCUUGCCAUGAUAUUGCUGGAAUAUGGCAAAAACAAAACAUGCCAAAAGCAGCAUAGAGCCUUACUCACUCAAUCACUUUUUUAUGCUUACGCAUUGCUUGAGCAGGAAGUCAAAUCCUUGAAAUUGUUUAUCUGUAAUGAAGAAAUAAAGAGCUGUCAUACCAUGGACAUGUCAUCGGUUCCCAAUUGCGCAGAUCGAUGCUCAUGCUGUUGAUCACUGGAUUGUCUGGUCCAGAUUCGAUUAUUUACAGACCGCCGCCAUAUAGCUGGAAUAUUGCUGGGUGUGGCAUAAAACUAAACUCACUCACUAAUGAUACCAUGGUUACUUCAUAUAUUUUGGGUGGUUGUAUACAAUUACACUUUAAGUAAAAAAAACAUACAGAAUGUGAACAUUUGCUAUACAUACACAAUGGCGCCUUGUCCAUUAUUUGUCAUGCCAAAGACCCAGGUUUGAUUUAAUGGCAAGUACAUUGUGUGAAACCCAUUCCUGGUUUUGAUAUUGCUGGUAUAUUGCUAAAAACAGCAUAAAAUCACUCUCACUCACUCACAGUUUACGAUGUUGAUCUGCACAUAAUCAGAUCUGGAUGAGACAAUCCAGUGAUUAAUAUCAAUAACCUCCAGCUGUGUAACUAACCUGUCAAUCACCCUGACCAUUCACAUUUCAAUGGGUUUUUUUCACUAUGUGCUCAGUGGCCUCACAAGAACAAGGGGUCACAAAUUGGUCUCUGUGACUUAACUUAUCAUUGAACAACUCACUCACUCACUCACUUGGAUCAGAGUGAUUUGAUUUUUAAUCAGUUGCUGUAAUAAUGCUGACAAGGCAUAACAUCCCAUGGGCAUUAAGCUGUUUCCAUGGUAUUUGAAGUUUCAGUAUGUGAUGAGUUGUGGCAAGUGGAAGUAUCAUGGACAUGAUACAUUCAUCAUAUUUUUCAUUAUUUAACACAUGGCUAUGCAAUAAAUAUAAAUGGUUGCAUUUGUUCAUUAUGCGAAUGUCACAAUAAACAUGAUAAAACCAA